AGCCAGCCGCUGUCCCAUUGGACGGGGGGCUGGACCUGUGCGUGACGUUACAGCUUGUGUCAGUGAAGCCGGAAGGACUCAGCUUGAGGGCAGCUGUGAGGGCGCGAGGUGCUGCGAUAACGAUGGCUGAUGAAAAGGACAAGCUAAUACAAGAAACGAGGAAGAAGUUUAAUCAAGAUUACUUGCAAGCUCCAGACAGCUCUGACAGAUAUGAUUCUCGUGAUGUAGAAAGACUGCAGAAGGAUGACACCUGGCUGGAAAGUUAUCUGCUCUGGAGGCACAACGUAAUGGACGACGCACUGAAGAUGAUUGAUGAAAGCCUGAAGUGGAGGAAAGAAAUAGGAAUAAAUGAUCUGAGUGAAUCAGUGAUACCCAAGUGGUGUUUUGAUAUCGGUGCCACAUAUCUGCAUGGAUAUGACAAAGAAGGCAAUAAGAUGUUGUGGCUCAGAGUGAAACUCCAUAUACGUGACGCCAAAACAAACGAAGACAAGAAGAAAUGUGUUGCUUUUUGGUUGGAGCGUUACGCCAAAAGGGAGCCGGGAAAGCUGUUAACAGUGGUGUUUGACAUGGCUGAAUGUGGACUUAGCAACAUAGAUAUGGAUUUUGUGAAAUUUGUCAUCAACUGUUUUAAGAUCUACUACCCUAGAUACCUAUCUAAGAUUGUAAUCUUUGAGAUGCCGUGGAUAAUGAAUGCUGCUUUUAAAAUUGUCAAGGGCUGGCUUGGUCCGGAAGCUAUAAACAUGCUGAAAUUUGUGAACAGGAGUGAGAUCCAGGAGUAUAUCAGUGCCGAGUACUUGCCUUCGCAUAUGGGAGGGACAGAUCCUUUCAAGUAUAGCUAUCCACCAUUACCCGAUGAUGAUUUUAAAACACCAGUGUGUGAAAAUGGGCCGAUUACCAGCGAGGAUGAAUGUGAAAGUAAGGAAGAGAUUGAGUCUGACACCAGAGACACGGUGGACUCGGCUAUAAAUGAGGAGAGUGCAGCCAGGACAAAAAAGAUGAGCUGCACGGAAGACCAUUUCAAACACGAGGAUUGGGACAAGAUGGACUCUAAGCAUCAUAGAAACAACAAGAAGCCUGCGACUGUGUUUAAGGGACCUUUAUUACACAUUAGUCCAGCGGAAGAAUUGCAUUUUGGAUCCAAGGAAAGUGGAGAACGGAAAUGCGUAAUUGUCCUUAAUAACGUGACAAAAAACACAGUAGCGUUUAAGGUGAGAACAACUGCCCCUGAUAAGUACAGAGUGAAGCCGAGUAACAGUAGUUGUGAACCCGGUUCUACGGUGGAUAUUGUGGUGUCCCUCCACGCUGCCUUCAUGGCAUCUCUACAAGAUCGUUUCCUAGUGAUGGCGGCAGAAAUGGAGCAGUCUUGUGGAACCAGUGUGCAGGAUUUAGCACAGUUCUGGAAAGAGGUGCCUCGGAACAAGGUCAUGGAACAUCGAUUAAGGUGCCAUGUUCUUGAAACCAACAAACCCAACACGUUGUCAUUAAAGGAAAAUUUGUUUAACAGAUCUUUAUCAGGCAACGAUGACUUAAGUUUUAAGCUAAAUCAACUCUUAGAAUCGAACAGAAGACUGGAGGAACAGAUUGGACACUGCAUCUGGUUUCAGCAUUUGCUAGCAUUUUUAUUGUCUUUUUUAGUUGCUAUUGUUGCUGCUGCCAUGUACAUGUCAAAAGGCCAAAGCGGUUAAUGUUAAAAAAACAAAACUUAUAUUUAUUAAGAAAUGACCAAAGUUGCCUUGUACAUCCAGAAAUAAGGUUCACAACCACCUAAGAAAGAAAUAUGUGGAACAAAAAACUGUGAAUCGUUUAUUUGACUCCAUAGAAGAAGCCAGUAAGAAUAUAUUUUACUGCGGCACUGAGUAAACACACACUUAACUCUGUUCAGACACAGAGAACAUUCGUAUGCUUCAAGAGAGCUCUAAAAUGUGAACUGGAAAUCAUAUAUCACAAACCCUAAAUUUUACUACCUGCAACAACUUUAAAACUGCAUGUCGAACAUUAAUUCUUCGGGUUUCUUUACCUUAAUGACAAAGAGUGUGCAUCAUGGACAAGAAAAAGCUCUCAUUACCCAUUCACCUUUAAACCACAUAAAAAAGCUUGAUUUUGGAGGAAAUUGAAAACGACAAUGGGCAAUGUAAAGCUAAAUUAACCAAAUAAGUUUAAUUGUUACAUUAAUAUGACACAAACAAUUAUUAUCCCGUCAUAAACAUAUAAAGUACUCGGCUUUGUCAUUAGUAAUCAAAUAUAAAUGCACAUAUAGAGCUUUUAAAUGACUAAAUUCAUCUAGGAUAAGGUUUGAUUACAAACCAAAGCUCUUCUUAACAUAUGUGAUUAGCUCGCCCUGUGCACUGAUUCGUUAGUUUAGAUGAUCUGAAUAUCUUGAAUAGGUAGUGAAGAAGGAUUUAAUGAUAUGAUCAUAUCAUAUCUCUUGUCCCAUGGGUGUGUUGCUUGGCUGCUCACCAUGUUUAAGGUCAGUUAGUUAUCCUGUUUCCUGCUGCUAAUAAUAUAAUAUAGACUAAUAAAUAUUUUAAAGCUUU